ACAUACAGAAUUAUAUGAUAUUUGGCGCGAGAUUUUAUUUAAUGUAUUACUUUAAUAAAGUGUAAUAUUGAAGAAAAUAUAUACAAACAAUCAAUUAGCAUGUGUAGAUAACAUUCUUUUAAUAAAUAAAUUAUGUCUAAUUUAUCUCACGUACAGCGCGUUAGAAUGCUGUACAAAGCAAUUUUAAGGUUACAUCGUGGUUUACCAGCUGAAAUUCAAGCUUUGGGAACUAGUUAUGUUCGAGAUGAAUUCAGAAGACAUAAAAAUUGUGAUGAAACUACAGCAAUCAUAUUUUUGAAAGAAUGGGCAGAGUAUGCUAUGAUGCUUACUAAACAACUUGGACUAAAAGGGCCACGUACAGCUAAACCUCUAGGUCAAAAUUUAGAAGAAAAAGAUUUAAACAAAUUUAGGGAUGAACAAAUGUAUCAGUUGUAUGAGCUAAUGAUUGCAGCAACUGGCAAAAAUAACAAGAAAGGAAAAGAUACGUAAUUUUUUUUUCUCUUAAAUUACUUCAUAUUUUAUAGUUUUCAGGAUAUGUGAUAUUACAUAGUAUAUCAUUAAUGCAAUUAUAAUUUAUUGAAUGCAAUGUCAUUGUUAUAAUUCUUACGUAUAUAUACAAUCCAUAAAAAUUUAAUUUAAAUGAGAUAUGUUAUA